CUUUGCUAUGCAUCUGUCUGUCUGCCUGUCAUUGAAAAUCAUUAGGCAAUGCUAUAUAGGACAGGAUCAGGGCAGCAAUGAUUUAGUGGUACCCAGUUCUGCAAUCCAGGCUUUUUCAUUGUUUGAUUGUGUGAAUGAGGUCACUGCAGAAUCUCUAGACCUACCAUUCAAUCGACCUUAAACCCUCUGAUAAGACCCAGAUCGAAGAGAGGGGAAGAAAGAAAGUGUCUCUAAUUACAAGAGUAAAACUCUCACAUGCAAGGACGUUUCUGCACAGCCAUUCAAUGCUCCCGACACGACAGCACACGAACAGUGUGCAGCUUCGAAGCUUUCUAGAGGUUUAAUCCUUAUAAAGCUACAGCCGUCUGUUUAGAGAUAUGAGAUCAGAGGGAUAAAGUCCAUCAGAUUAAACAGGGUGGUGGUGGAAGGAAGAGUAAUUCACCCCCCGUUCCUGCUGCGUGUUUGCAGGGUGACAUCACUCAUGAAACACACACACACACACACACACACACACACACACACACACACACACAGCAUAUGCCCAGUGUACACAGACUGAAACGCGCUCGAUUGGAAUUACCUGCAGCACUAAGAACACUGGACAGCGCCACCUUCCCGAUGCUCUGCCGUGAUUGGCCGGCUCGCAAGCCCAAGGGGAGGGCGGGCGCGGGGGCGGGUGUUUGUUGAUUAAUAAAAACUGGAGAUUUGACAGCGAGGCAGGGACUCUGUAGCGAGUGAACCCCGGUGUAUGAAGCUUAUAGCGCCGCAGGGACCCGACCAACACAGCGGCAAAGGCUCGGAGGAGCCAGAUAGCAAAAUUAUCAAAUGCAGAGAAGGAAAUAAUACAAGCGAUCAGGGUAGAAAACACAUGCAUGCUAGUAAUCGUCGCAUCGUCGUCUUGGGAGAUGGAGUGAGGAGAUAAAACGGGCAUCGGGUUACUGUAUUUGAGAAGAGCAUCUGCAUACAGCGCUUCUAGCGACAGCAAGAUGGGUUAUUUUGCCUCGAAGUAGCAAGAAAAAAGCAGAUCCCCGCCCCUCUCUCCGCCACCAAUGGCCUGCAUCCACGAACCCAGAGCCCCGUCCCCCUCCCUCUCCUGCUUCAGCACCUCCCUGUCGGAGCCACCGUUCCGCAGGCUGGACCCCGAGACCGCCCCCUGCACCCCCGAGAAGGACCUCACCCCCACCCAGUGUGUCCUGCGCAACGUGCUGCAAAUGGAGCCAGGAGGGGCGGGGCAGUGCGGGGGCCACAGCCCCACCCCCAGCGAUGAGCCCCCCGAGCACUUUGCCAACAGCGUGCUGAAGCUGCACGAGAACGAGGCUGGGGGCGGGGCGGAGGCGGGGCACCGCGCCGAGGGAGGGGCCGUGCGGGGCCAAUCGGACGAGGGCAGGAUUCAGUGUCAGUCGGGGGCCGGCUUCCUGGAGGGACUGUUUGGCUGCCUCAAACCCGUCUGGACCAUGAUUGGGAAAGCUUACUCCACAGAGCACAAACAGCACCACCAGCAGGAGGACUGGGAGGUCCCGUUCGAGGAGAUCUCAGAUCUGCAGUGGGUGGGGAGCGGCGCGCAGGGCGCCGUGUUUUUGGGGAAGUUGCACGGCGAGGAGGUGGCUGUGAAGAAGGUCCGGGAGCUCAAGGAGACGGACAUCCGAAACCUGCGUAAACUCAAGCACCCCAACAUCAUCACCUUCAGGGGUGUGUGCACACAGGCUCCCUGUUUCUGUCUUAUCAUGGAAUACUGUGCCCAGGGCCAGCUCUAUGAGGUUAUGCGAGCCGGCCGCAAGAUCACUCCCUCCCUGCUGGUGGACUGGUCCAUGGGCAUCGCGGGGGGAAUGAACUACCUUCACCUGCACAAGAUCAUCCACCGGGACCUCAAGUCCCCCAACAUGCUGAUCACCUGUGAUGACCUGGUGAAGAUCUCUGACUUCGGCACCUCCAGGGUGCUCAGUGACAAGAGCACCAAGAUGUCCUUCGCUGGUACGGUGGCCUGGAUGGCUCCUGAGGUGAUCCGCAAUGAACCGGUCUCCGAGAAGGUGGACAUCUGGUCGUUCGGGGUGGUCCUAUGGGAGAUGCUGACUGGCGAGGUCCCCUACAAGGACGUUGACUCCUCAGCAAUCAUCUGGGGCGUCGGGAACAACAGCCUGCAGCUGCCCAUCCCAGAGAGCUGCCCCGACGGCUUCAAGAUUCUGCUGCGACAGUGCUGGAACUGCAAGCCGCGGAACCGCCCGUCGUUCCGGCAGAUCCUGCUGCACCUGGACAUCGCCUCCGCGGACUUACUCUCCACCCCCCAAGAGACCUACUUCAAAUCUCAGGCGGAGUGGCGCGAGGAAGUGAAGCAGCACUUUGAAAAGAUCAAGUCUGAGGGGACGUGUCUGCACAGGCUGGACGAGGAACUCGUCAACCGGAGGCGUGAGGAGCUGAGGCAUGCGCUGGAUAUUCGCGAGCACUACGAGAGGAAGCUGGAGAGAGCCAACAACCUCUACAUGGAGCUCAACGCAGUCAUGCUGCAGCUCGAACUGAAAGAGCAAGAGCUGCAAAGACGGGAGCAGUCUAUGGAGAAGAAGCACCCUGGUCUGUUCAAACCUCACACCCCCCGCCCUGCCGGCCCGGCGAACUCCAUGGACAAACUCAUCAAGAAGCGCAACGUGCCCCAAAAGCUACCGUCCCACAACAAGCGACCAGACCUCUUGAAGUCAGAAGUCAUCCUUCCGAAGCUGGACUCCUCAAUGACUCAGGUGACCAUCCCUGCUCAUCCUAACAAGGGCUCCACCUCGCCAGGCCGGUCACGGAGGGGCAAGCCGCGCUACCGCAAGGCGGGCAAGGGCAGCAGCGGGGACCUGGCGGGACUGAAGGCUGCCCUCUCCCCUGCGCCCCUGCCAGCCAUGCACUUGGACCCCAGCGCAGCCCUCCGGGGGCUGCAGCAUGACCUCCUGCUCAAGAAGAUGUCCUCCUCCAGCCCUGACCUCAUCUCCACCACCCUGGAGGCGGAGGGCAGGGUGAAAGACGACGCGGGCAUGGACCGGGACAGCCGCAGCGUCUCCGGGGGGCUGGGAGAGGCUGAGACAGAGGACCUCACAGAGACUCCGCCCCGCAGCGACACCCCCAGUGAGGACGCCGCCUCCAUUCCGUUCUCCAGCAGCCCCGAUUCGCCCUGCGGGAGGGGAGGGGCCGCUGGGAAGGGCUCGGCUCUGGGGCAGCCCCGCCCUCCGCUGGAGGGGGAAGAGAAAGAGGAGGGGCCUGGGGGCAGGCUGCCCAGGGGAGGGGCAGGGGGGAGUGGCCAGCCGCACCUCACACCGGCAGCUAUCUUGUACCGGGCAGCUGUCACCAGGAAACAGAAGCGUGGCGUCUCGUCCGAGGAGGAGGGAGAGGUGGACAGCGAGGUGGAGAUGCCACGGAGACAGAGGCGGCCGGCAGCAGCGAUGUCCAAGUGCCAGUCCCUGUCCACCUUCAGCUCGGAGAACCUGUCCGUGUCGGACGGGGAGGAGGGCAACACGAGUGACCACUCGCACAGCGGCACGCCCGACGUGGUCAGCACCAAUACCGACGAGCGGCUGGACGACAAGUCCGAUGACCUGCUGUCCCAGAGCUCCGAGAUCCCCGUGGACGUGCUGCUGCACUCCGACGGGCUGUCCGAGAAAGAGGCGGCCGUGAGGGAGGUCAAGACGCAGCUGAGCGCCAACGCGCACGAGAACCCCCUGGUGUACGACGACUCGGACUGCGACAGUGCAGAGCUAGACCACUCAGGCAGUGCAGAGGCCAGCCAUCCAUCCAGCACAGCCACAUGGUGAUCACGAGGACCCUUCACCUGUGUACAGACACCACCCCCAAAAUCACUCGACAGGACCCUGCUAGGAGACCCUCCCUCUCUCCCCUCUCUCUUCUUCAAUCCAGGAACUUUAUUUUAACAUCAGCGGAUUUAUAAAUGAUCUGUUAUUUAUUUUAUUGUAUUUAUGAAUUUGGUUUUAUUUGGCAUAUACAGGUACACACGCUGCCAACAGAAAAAUACUUCCCUCUCAUUUACAAAGAAACAUCCUCAGCUGUGCCAAUUAAUUACCCAGUCAUGCUGAAUUCAGAAAUAAGAAACUUAAACACAGUGACAAACGUUUCGAUUCUGUGCUUUUAAGCGAGAUCCACCCCCCCCCCCCCCCCCCCCCAGUAGGGGAGAAUGGUGUGCUAACAGCAGCCUCAACGGGAUGAACAGCCUUUUCUAUCUCCUAUGGGCAAGACUUCUAAGAAACCUUUUAAUGAGAAGGAAUCAGGCGUUAGUUCAUUCUGAAGCAUCCUACCAAAAAAUAUAAUAUAUAUAUAAUAAUAAUAAUAAUUUCAUUGCAAUGAUAGAGGACUGUCAAUCUUUCCAUGCACAAUAAGGCACUUGGGUCUAAAUAAGAUAAUUGGAUAUUUGAAAUGAGCCACAGAAUAGCUUGAAGCACGAAGACUGGCGAGAGCUCAUUCUGUUCGUGGCCCAGUCCAGGGUGCCUGUUCUCUGCUCGCUUUCCAAUUGGAAAUUAAAACAAAAGCCUUUCGCUCUUCCGUUAUUUAUUUAUGUUUUUGGUGGCGAGCCCAAUCGAACAACUUUGUAUUUAUUUAUUUGCUGUAUUUAUUAUUUGAAUAUAUAUCAGGGAUUAAGUUUACACCUUGUCAAUUUUUUAAUUUUUGUAAAUAGAUAUUUAAAUGUCUCGACACUGUGUAAAUGAAACACACUGGUGCUGACGAAGUUGACUUGAAAAGGACCGUGCACGGCCAGCAGUAUUCUAGAAGCUGAGAUUUUAAGGAGGUGUCCGACAGGCUGCAAUGCUUUCACUGCUAAACUAAUUACAGUGAAGCCCCUCGGGCAGCGUUCUCGGCACAGUGCUGCGCUGCACAGGGCCAGUCUUCAUUCUUGCCUGCCGUCAUAUUAGCGAUGCUACUGUGUUCUAACCCACUUGCAAAAAGGAUCCUCUACCGACUGUAUCAAUUUAUACAUAUAUUAAAAAAAAAAAAA